AUGUUAACCCUUUACGCAGGUUUCACCUGCGUCUAUCAUUUUCUUCUACUCUCCUCUGCGCUCAUCCUUCCCUCCCAUCCCUCCAAUGCUCGGACGCAAUCAUCUGAUAAUCUCGCCGGCUAUGCAUGGGAUCGGCGCGCGCUUUGGAUAGAGACGACCGUCAACCUCGGUGACUCCGGUUACUCGUCCGCCCUCAGCUGUAUCAAUUCGCGUGACACUCGUGCGCCCUUCGUCCUCAUUCACCGGCCCCCAUUUUUCAUCGUCGAACUCGUCGUCGACUGCGCUAUUCAAGGCAUCUUCAACCACGUAUUGCCGAUGUUCCUUUAG